UCUGUGUGCCCACCAUCUUGAUCUAACAGUCAUUUAACAUUUUGCUCUGUGCUUCGUCUCUCUUAAUUCAUCUUUUAAGUUUCUUUUAAGCCACAAGAAAAUGAGCCUGUUAACCUUAAAAAUAAAACUAUCAGUUAUUUUACCAAAUUUUAGCAAAAAUGAGUUUAUUCAGGAAUAGCAGAGAAUUGCAAUUUGAGAUAUGCAAUUAGGGCAAAACCAUAGGCUAGUCCCACAAGAGAAACUAAAGUUAUUUUGUGGAGUGGGGUGGUGUGAGGACGCCCCCUCCUGGUUUCUCAACUCCUUUUUGUUGAGGUUUCCUGGAAUCCAGCGGCCCCGCUGUCUUUAGCAAGGACUAGCAGUUCUGUAGCAAGGACCUCGCCCAGCUUCCUCCUAAAUAUACUAUUGGCACGCAUUUAUCUUAAAUUAUUAUUUAUCUGAAAUGACAAAUUUAACUAGGUAUUGUCCGGUAUUUUUGCUAAACUUGGCAAUGCUACUCUGAUACAUAUUAAAACUCACACUAAAUAUAAAAAAAAGUCUUUAUAAUAAAUAUGGGACACACCUAUACUAAAACAGUGUUCGAUGAAUGUUUAUUUCAAUCCUGCACUUUUAUUUAGUAAAUCUGGCAAUCCUACUAUGGGACAUAGUUACGCUGAAAAUUAGUUUUACUAAUAUAUUUACAUUAAAAAAAUUUUUUAAGUACAGUAAAUGUGAAACACUUUAAUACUAAAAAAACAUUCACUGUUUUCUAGAAUUGAAGUCUAACUGGACCUCAUAUUUUAUUUGCUAAAUCUGGCAAUGCUAUUCUGGGACAUAUUAUUACUAAACAGACAUUUAAAAAUUUUUUUAAACGUGCUAAACAUGAGACGCACUUAGAGUAAAAAAAAAACAAACAGCAGCCCGUCGUUUAAAUGGAACUUACGCAUUUCGCCCGGCAGCUGCAAGUAAAGAACGCGCCUAACCGUGGCGUCUGGAAGCCCGGCAGAUGCUGCCCACCCUCCGCUCGGUUCUCGCAGCGUUCACACCGCUCCUGGCACGGCGUGCCCGGUUGCCCUGGCGACAGAAGGCUCCGGGGCGGGGCAGAGGCGGGGGACACCCCCCGGCAGCUUCCGAUUGGCGCGCGCCGCCCUGUGCGUCCCGCCCCCGUCCCGCCCCCGCCAGUCAGUCCCGCGCGCGGCUCCGCUGGGGCCGAUCGGUCCGCCCCUCGGAGCCAGCCCGCGGCGCGCGGGGUUCUGGGAGUCGUAGUGCGCCGGUGGCUGCUGGAUUCGCCCGCCAGCCGAGGCGGCGCCAUGACCGAGCUACGCUGGCCGGAGCGGAGUCCGCGCGCCUGUCCGGUGUCAGCGCGAAGUCAUCGUCCACGCCCCGCCCUCCCGCCUGUUGGGACGUGGGGCCCCAGCUGCAGAUCUCAGUGCCCACCCCAGUGAACCUGGCCCUUCCACGUGGCUUCGAGCCUUCCAAGCGACCCUCAAGAGACCUCCCACAACAUCCACCCAGACUUCACCCCAGGACCCUGGAGGGCGCCGAGGGGCUGCAGUUCUUCGCCCUGGAACCUGCCUGGGGCACGCGUCCCUGCACACCGGAGGGAAGGGUAAGGGGAAUGACCAGCUUGUGAACUCCCAGUGAGGGUGCCGGCGACCAGGCGGAGGCUGCAAGACUGCCGGCAGGGCGCAGCCCUCGUGAGUCGCCCUCGCCGCCCCGCGCACCUCUCCUCUCCCCCUGGGAAACGCGCGCACACGAACACAGGCCUUCUCCGGAGGCCCAAGAAGGAACACCCCACUGCUUUUCACUUGUCCUCUCACAAGCAUUUUCCAUGUCAUUAAAAGUCCUUCCUAAGUA